AUGGCAGGCAGUUCGUUGGCCAACGACUCAGAGAAUGGUGCAAAGGGAGGCAGCUGGGUGGACGAGCUCUCGGGAGUCUUAUGGGCGAUUCGCACGACUCCAAAGGAGGGAACAGGAGUAACCCUAUUCCACUUGGUGUAUGGAGGAGAAGCAAUCAUCCCGGUCGAGGUGGGGGUGGAGUCUGAUCGGGUGCAGCGAUACGAUGAGGACAAUGUUGAGUGGAGACAGCUGGAGUUGGACUUGGUGGAUGAAGCACGUGCCAGGACUGCUGUACGGCUGACGUCCUACCGACAAAGGAUGCGUCAGAACUACAAUCGACGAGUGAUACCUAGAUCCUUCCUGAUAGGCGAUCUCGUAUGA